GGCUUCCGGAGCUGAAAGAAUCGGUUCUUUUUAAUGAGUCGAGCCAAAUGAUUUAGAUCCCGGAAAGGAGUCGCAGUUCCCAUCCCUGGAAGGGAGGUCAGCUGACGUGACCCAAACAAACAUGGCGGUGUUGAUAACGUCGUUAAACAUCUCAAAUAUUCCAGUGAGAUUUUUUUUUUUUUUCUAAUUUCACUUGGUUUCAUUCAACAUCUUUCCGCGGUCUCAAUAUUCGGUGACAUUGACGUUCAUCUGGGGAAGCAUUUCUGGAUCGAAUCAGGACCACAGACCUAAUACGAAACCAGGAACAUAAACGGAAGUGUUAACGGUUUGUUUAAAACCAAACAUCCGCUUCUGCAAGCGCGUGUGUUUGGGACGACAUCCCGUCGCUUCAGUGAGCAGAAGACUUGAUAAACGUAAAGAGAAACGGCUUUGUGUUUAAUGAAAUGAAGUGCUGUGCUGCAGUACCGGUUCGACCGACGCUAACAAAGAAGUAGACGGCCGCACAAGAUGUAACGUCUACUGAAAAUUAGCCAGCAUGUGAAUGGAUACCACAUCUGAGCACGGAGAGGUAACUGGUUAAACUGAGCAUAAACCACCAUGGGGUUGGUGAACGUUGUGAUUUCCAGUGCUGGGAAAUGCCUGGAUGUUGCCGGUUUACUGUUGGACCUGAACUUCCUGGUCGUUCACACCGUGGUGAGGACUCUCCUGGCGAUCAUCGCCUUCAUCACCAACCUGCCCACCCUGAUCAUUAACCUGCUGCUGCAGCUGGGGAACCUCACCCUGUUCUCCACCGUGUACAUGGCAGAGACAACAUCAAACCUGGCCCACGGGGCGGUCACCCUGCUGGGCAGCGUGGUGCUGGCUCUGGAGGGGCUCCUGGAGAGUCUGAAGAUGGUGGGCUACCUAUCGAUGCACGUCCUGCUACGUUGCAAGGAGCACCUGUGCAGGGGUCUGGUGUCUGUCUUGGAGGGCUGUGGCAUCGCUGUCAGCCUGGUAGUUUAUUUAACGAACACAGUGGUGAACUUUGCACUAAUCGCCACCCAGAACCUCUACCUUGCAGCUGUGGGUGUGUGGCAGACGGUGUCCAGCCCGCUGCAGAAGGUGCUGGAGCUCACCCUGACCUUCUUCACCUUCCUGUACAGCAGCCUGGCCGGAACGUCGGCGUUUCUGUGGUCUCCCUGUAAGCUGCUUCUGGAUUUUAUUGCCUCCCUUGUCCACAUGUUCAUCUCUAUCUUCAUCCUGAACAUCUAUGGCCUUCUGCUUACCGUCACCAUUGCCCUGAUGACCACCGCCUACCUGAACCCCAGACUGAGCCGACAAGCAGCUGUGCACAUUUUGGUUUAUGUGAACUCCUUUCCGGCUCUGCGAAGACUGUAUCGGACUCUCUGGCGGCUCUCCUCAGCCCCGUGGACCAGCCCAGAUUCUCUACAGCGUAAUAUGCAGCAUCUGCGGAGGAGGCUUCAACAUCUCUACCUGCUGGAGAGAAGAUUUUGGCGGCAGUUGUCUCAUCACAGCAGCCUGCUGGGCCUGGUGCUGCGGACAAUGUUCCAUAGGAACAAUGCCAACAGAGUGAGAGGUGACGGCGACACUGGAGAGGAGCGACGGGACCCACCAGAUGGAAGAGCAGGAGAUGGAGCCCACCAGGAGAUGCUGGAUUUACCUUCAAGUUCUGAUGGAUCACUAAAGACGUCUCCAUCUUUAGGCAAAGAUGGUAAACUUCUGCCUGCUGAAAGUCUGCUUACUCUGUUAAAAGAGCAGGAGGAGAGGAAAAAGUGUGUUAUCUGUCAGGACUGCACUAAGACAGUGGUGCUGCUGCCGUGCAGACACCUCUGCUUGUGUAGAGGCUGCACCAACAUCCUUCUGAGGCAGCCCAUCUACCAGCAGAACUGCCCUCUGUGCCGUCAGAUGAUCCUGAACACCAUGGACGUUUAUCUCUGAGGGAGCAAACUGAACCCAUGCAGCAACGAGCCCAACAGCCUUAAAGUAUUUAACCCUAUAGAGAGUAUUUCAAUGAUAGGUUUGGUGAUAUUUUCCUUUUUUUUUCCAUGAAGCCCCCCCCAAAAAAAAAACACAAUUUUUCCAAGUUGUGUGGUUGUCUUCAGUCACCAAAGUUCUAAAUAAGUUUUGUUUUUAAAGAUGGUCUGAAAUGUUUUACACAAAACUUGAUAAAAACAAAACAUGUUUCUUGUAAGUUCUGUUUAGGUUGAGCUUUGUGGAAUCUCUCCCCAAAACAUUUAAUAAACCUGUUUCAAAUGUUACAUUAGUUGAGAGAAAUACUACAAAAACCAAUUUACAUCUGAUUGUUCCUGGACUCCUGACACUUAAUUCAGCAGUUUUCUCUGGUCAACAUUGCCAAAGAAUCAGUUUUUUUUUAGCAUAUUCAUCCAAAAACCCAACCGUUUAGCUUCACCAUCAAGGAAAGCAUCUUAUGCCCUUUUCUUUCUGCAUUCUGCUUAUUGGUUUCCAUCCGAGGAACGUUCAUGGGUUUUACUUCCAGUAAAGUGGUCUAAAUAUGAUAUUUAACAUAUGAUCUACUAAAUGCACCUUCCAGUUCUGCUGGAAUGAAUUGCAGCAACAUCUGCUCGUUGAAAGAGGCGUGCUCACUAAAUUAAACAUUUACUACACCAAGUAAAAUAAAAAUGAAACUCAGCAGCUAAGCUACCUGCAGUUUUUGUAUGUGCAUCACUACUGCUUGGCAUUAUGGGAAAUGAGGAACGUAUGCCAUGGGUGUGCCCACUGCUUGCUUGCAGGAAUAUCUCAUUUUCACCAAGACCAACGUUUUUAAAUAUUCCACUCUUGCCUCGCUGGGGCUCAAGUGUUGUAGGCCUUGAACUGUUUACCUCUGCUUACGUCUUCAAACGUAAUGCCGUCGACGUGCCAAGCUGUGAGAUAUUAGAGCAACACUGUGCUUUACUGCAGCAGUCUGCAACUACAGCCUUCGACAGUUUUAUCUGUGUUGCAUUUUCUACCUUAUUUUCUAUUGAGCUUCAUUUCCUGUGGUUCUAUCUAUUGUUGGGGUGUUUCCCAGUCUUCCAUAUAAAGGUGUAUUUUUACAGUCAACACCAAAUAAUCCAUAAAUAGUUUUUCUUUCCUUUUUUUUCGAAAAAUGCGAUUUAAAAACAGAUUUGUUAUGUUUUAAAAAAAAAAGGACCAUAAACUGAAAAGGCUUCAUGGUACAACUUGCUUUUGGUGCUCAUUUGUUGCUUUCUGAAAUGUUGAAUAUUUCUGAAAUGUUCAUAUUGAUCUGUUUAAAGUUUACAAGACGCUAUUUUUGACGUGUUGCAGUGUUUUAUUGUGGUUGUGGUGGAAUCAAUUUGGCCAAUUUGCUUUUUUCAAAGCUUUUCUUCUCUUAAUCGUGCUUCGCAAAGAGAAGUGUGAUUUCACAGUAACAGCUGCAUAUUGUAACAGUCUGAUUUCACCCUUUUCCUUAUUAGUGAAAAGAUCUGAAUGCCUUGUUAAUGAGACUGUUGUCAUCCUAAGCUGCUCCUCUCAGGUAUUACCUAAACACAGAAGAUAUUCCUUGUUAAAGUGGACUGAAAACGGCUCACACGACUGUUAUCUGUUGCUAUACCUGAAGUAUUUAGCUGUAUGGACAGUGUGAGAAAUGAUUGGGAAAUGUGAAUAACAUGGGUUUUUUAAAACAUGGCUGCCGUGUAACUGGCAAGUUCAUAAUAAAACCAGAAUAAGUGAGUAAA